GUUAUUUACAGGUGAAUUUUCUCCCCCAAACACCACCUGUAAGUGACUUCCUGUAAGUCACUUCUCACUUACCCAACUUACAGGCAUCCAAACAGGCCCUUACUCAUUUUGAAAGAAAGCCUCUCUCGUCUGUGGAUUUCUCGUCGGCCACACGUUGAAGGGUUAGACUGUUUCAAGCUUGGAGAGUAUUGAAGGAAGGUCCGUCUUUGGUGGGGCCCAACUGGCCAUUGGUCCUGUUUGUACAUGUUGAGGAGCCAAGUAUACUGAGGAUCAUAUAACUCCUCUAUACUUAGUGGUCAUUGAAUUCAAAUAGGGUAGAAGAAGAUGAACAAAGGAGGAGGUGGAGGUGCUGGCAGUGGUCCCACUGCUGCGGCUGCCACAGCGGCAGCUCAGAAGCAGAAAACUCUGCUACAGCGAGUCGACACCGAUAUUAGCAACAUCGUUGACAAUUUCAGCCUUCUUGUUAAUGUUGCUAGGGUAAAUGAUCCACCUUUCAGGAACUCGCAAGAAGCAUUUCAGAUGGAGAUGCGUGCAGCCAGAGUGGUUCAGGCUGCCGAUUCGCUUCUCAAGUUAGUGUCCGAGCUGAAGCAAACAGCAAUUUUUUCAGGCUUUGCCUCCCUGAAUGAGCAUGUUGAGCAACGGAGGAUUGAGUUUAACCAGCAGGCAGAAAAAACCGACCGCCUAUUGGAAAAAGUAGGAGAACAGGCAGCUGCUAGCCUAAAAGAGCUUGAAUCUCAUUACUAUUCUUCUGUCAUGAGGACAAACCAACCCGAAACGUGAGGUCCACGUCCCACUCCUAUGGCCUUUCAUUCAUCUGUUCUCCAAUACCAUUUUAGCACAAGCUUAUUCAUGCUGAUUUCAUCUUCCAGAUGACGACCUGCAAACCUAUGAUGGUGUUUCCUUUUUUGGAAGAGAAUGCUACCUGCUAGUGUUCCACAUGUGCCAUUGCGGCAAACAUAUGAUAGCCAUGCAGUUCAUCAGGUAGGCCCUAGCUCAAAUGUCAGGCACACUCAUCGGGUGAUCCAGACAUGUAAGUUGAAUGUGGAUUGAUGGGUAUCCUUUUCUAAUAAUUCAUCUUUUGUUGAAAGUGUGGCCCACCUGUAGGGUGUGUCUGCCUGCCUUUUUGUUAGAUCACAUAUACUGUGGGCCCUGCCUUGUGAAUUAACUAGAUGCUGCACAACUGUGUGAUGUUGUCAUGAGCCUUGUGUUUGGUCUUUGUAGGUGGGCACUUCCAAGUAGCAUUCUUCUUUUGAUUUGUAUGGGAUUUAGAAAUCAUACUAUUUAGCCAGUUUCUACAGUUUAUCAUCUUAAUGGCCUAGCUGAAAUCCAACGUCUGAACAUGAUUUUAAGUAUUGUCCAAAACUAGGAUAUAUCGUCUUAUACGUACCAGUAUUGCCUAUGAACGAUACGGUUGUAUUGGCCAGAAACAGCCUGAUGCAGGGGCAUUACGGGGCCGUAUCAGUGAUGAAUGAUACAAUACCCGUUAAACCGAUUGAACACCAUUCUUCUGAAUCUCCUUCCCUGGGUGUAACCGUUGUGAACAGAGAACAUCUGUACAACAAAACUGCAGUAGUAUUCACCACUCACGUGCCAUACCCAUCCACGAAUACAUGCAUAUAGUCUUACAGAACUCCAAUUUAGUUCCCUUUGGAGGGUACAUUGCUGGUAACCUUGCUUUUAAUGCCUGCUUUGAUUUCUGCCAAACUCCAUGGACACUGGGGUCUCUUGUUCUUCAUGCGCAGUUUCCUUUAUAAUCAUCAUUGUUGCUGAUCAAAAUAAGCUUUACUGAGCACUCAGUCUUCCUUUACAAUCAUCCUUGUUGCUGAUCAAAAUAAACUUUACUGAGCACUCAGUCUACCAUUAGUAGUCUUUCAUUUUGAGAUGUCAUAUCUAAAGGAGUCAUUAUCUUAUUGGUUUCUUAUCCUAACUCAUCCAUAACAUGGGGGUAAAGACAAGGUGAUCAUGGUGAAACAUGUCAAACAACAGUUCCACAAUGUGCUUGUCUUGAACCCAGUUCUUAUCAUUCUUGUGAAUCCUUUUGACUAUUUGGCGUAGAUUGCUCCCAUAUGAUAGUUGCAUCUAUGGAAAUGGAAAAAGAGUUGUCUUAGUUGUACGUUGUAUUUUCACAUAGUUUACAGGAUUGAUCUACUUCACUAUUACUUCCAAAUAAUCUGCAAAAUUCCAUGAAUUGAACUGAACAUGGAAGAUACCUGUCUCGAGCUCGCUGUUAAUAUUACUUAAGGAGAUAAAUGGACUAAACUAGUGGCCUCUCCAUUAAUAGUAUAAAUAAUCACUUAUAGUCAGUCUGUGAAUUGCUAAUGGCUUGUGAGAUAGUAGGAAAAUCAUUGCUCUUCAUUUCAGUUGUGUAGCUUGUGAGCUUUUUUUAUUCUUUAUAUAUUAUUAUUAUUAUUAUUAUUAUUCUUUUUAUGUCAUCUAUGUAACAGUGUCGUACUUGGUCUGAAAUCUAGUAUGAACCCUACCUUCAAAGUUUCCGACUUUUGCAUCAGCCUGUAAAUUUAUGUUAGAAACGGUAACCCAUUGUUUGAUCUUUGUGGGACCUUAGUUCUACUUGGAAGAAAUCAAAUACCACAAAUUGCAAACAGAGUCACUAAGUGAUAAUAUGUCAAAUAACUUUAAUUUCUAUAUGGGGCUAUUGGAUUGAAUGCUGAGUUUGAGUUCUCAACAUUACUGCAUGGGCUUAACUUUUGUACACACAAUGGAAUAUUUAUGGUAGAAACACAUGCUGACUGGCUUCUGCUAUUAAGAUAGCUUAGCUAAGAAACUCGUCCACUUUCAUGUUCAUUUUUCUUGAUAGGAAUUUCAUGCAGAUGGGUGGGUUCACCUUGGCCAAAGCAAGCACCGACUGUGGCAAAGUCCAUAUCCCGUCACCGCAAAUCAAACCAGAUGCCACUGCAGGCGCAAAUGCGUCCGCCUUGGCCUGGUUUGUCUUCUGCCAUACGAACAAUAUCAAGCUUCCCACACACAUAUCGAUAGCAAAGUAUGGCCCGAUAUAGAAUGGAAUUGCCAUUGCCAUCGGGAGUGGAAUUAACCUCGCCAUCUUUGCCGCCGCUGCCGGGAUAGGGAUACAAGUUGCCACCUUUUUCCCAACGACAUCUCUCACUAAGUUGAUGAGAAUAGCGCCAGCAAAAAACACAUAGCAGAGAGUGAGGCAGUUCCUUGGCAGGGAUGAGAAACCCUCAACACCGAGUAUUGCUGUGUUACGGUAGAUGAUUGCAUAAGGGGCGGGGUAUUCUGAUCCAAGAGUGCCGAUGCCAUCAAAGGCUUUGUAAAAUAGCCAGAAGACACAAGGAGCAAUGACACAGCCCAUUGCGGUUCCGAUUACUUGGCUGACAAACAUGGACCGAGGUGAAGCUAGUGUUAAGUAGCCCGUCUUGAAGUCCCCCAUGAGAUCUGCAGCUGUCUGGACAAUACUUAACAUGACACCGCAUGCGGCAAGCCCUGCAAGCACCCCACCAUGAGAAGCUCCAGCCCAUGCACCGAUGGUGAAGAUGGCCAGCUUUCCAUAGGUGGAAGCAAGGGACCAGUCAGUGAGUCCGGCACCAUAGGCGUUACAGAAGGCUAGGACCGGGGCAAAGAUGUAAACAACUAAGACGUAGUACCACUUGAGUUGGGGAAAGAUGUGUGGUAAGGUGGCAAUUGAAAUGGCAGCAAUAGCGAUGUAGCACCCAACUGCUGCCCAUGUUGGGAUUUGGUCUUUUAGAAAGAGUUCAGUCCGGCGAUGAUCGUCGUAGGAUAGGGAUGGGUUGGUGGGAGAGAGUUGGUUGACCACGGGAAUUAUGUUAGUGUCUUUCUCAUGCAGUUUUUGAAGAAAGGAGGAGGUUGUUAUGCUCAUGACCUUGAAGAAGUUGUAGAGGCCAUCGCCUAGGAUCAUGGCAAUGGCGAUGAAGACCUGCAAAUAACAUAAUAAAGGGGGUUAAUAAUGAAAGAAGAGCUGUAAGUUAGUGAAAAUGUGCUCUGGCACUUGAUGCCAACAAGGACAUUUUUGCUUAUUUUUUAAUCCAAAUAUUCAUCACUUACGAUGACUUGUUGGAGCCCAAUCCACAUUCUUAGUAGAUGAGAAAUGGUGAAGAAAUGUAUAGUGCAAGACACAUGUAUCGUUAUAUAUGUGCUAUGCCCUCAUAUUCAACAUGGACCUAUGGACUAUGAUCCAAAUAGUCCAUUUAGUUGUUCCAAGACCAUUGAUAGGGCAUGGAGAAAAUUGCACUCUUUAGAUGAUGUACAUGGUCUAAUGACUUACUUUGCUUUUUCUUAUUGCAUAUGUACCAAGGUUACCUAGAUCAUGGGCUGCUACUGGACAUGAUGUGGGAUGGGAACCCAGUACACAACUUCCUUCAAUUCUUGGUACACUGUGGGGAGGAUCAUGUGGGUCAAUGCAAUACAUGUUCUAAGUGUAUGCCAUGUUGUUAAAUCAUCAUCGUCUCGUCAUCUAAAGCCUUGUCGCCAAUGGUGAAAAUUUCACUAAAAUAAAAAUCAAUUAAUUUUUUCAACAAUUUGUUAAAAUUUUCUAUUUUUCAAUAAAAAAUAGUUAAUCUUUCAGCGAUUUUAGUAAAAUGAUAGAAGUAACGGUAUUAAAUUAUUACAGUUUCUUAAUAAAAUUCAAUUACCCCUCAAA